UAUCACAAAUAAUUUGUAAUGCUCAUUUUAGUCGUGGUAGGCUGAACCGUUACCAAAAUCGUUCCAAAUAAAAAAGUCGUUACAAAUUAAUAAAAAAAUUGUUCCGAAAGCCAUUUAAGUAAAAUGAUUUUUUGUAGUGCGUGUCCAACGCCUGUCGGGCACUGUAUAAAAUAAAUAAUUCUUUCCUACCACUCAGCCCCCCGCCUUCGUUCCUCUCCCUCUUCCAUUUUCUCCUCCGCUAUGGCUUCAUCGUCAACCGCCGCCGGCCCCACUAUCUGAAAUCCGAGAAACCCUAAUGCCACCCCCUACCAUCCAUUGUGAACCUUUGUUUCAAUCAGGAAAACAGCAGCUUUGCCAUCGGCACCACCGAUGGCUUCAUGAUAUUCAACACCGACCCUUUUGUACAAACCAUGCGCCAAGACUUUCUCCAAGAAUCACCAAGGUGGUGGCAUUGGUAUCGUGUAGAGGAUCCUCGGCACCAACAAAUUCACUGUAGUCGGCGAAGGGGCCGCUCCAGGACUCAACGGCAACAAAUCAUGAUCUGGGAUGAUUUUGUGGGAUAGAUCACUGGGGAGCUCUAUUACCGUUCCGAGUGAAGAGCGUUCACCUGAGGCGGGACUGCAUUGUUGCGGUUACGAUGCAGAAGAUAUAUGUUCAAGAUCUUACGAACCUACGAUUGCUGCAUCAAAUAGAAACGGAGCCCAAUCCAAAGGGGUUGUGUGAAAUUUCGUUGUCGGGGCGGAUGGUUCUGGUUUGCUUGGGACGGGAUAAGGGGGAGGUAAGGGUGUUGCACGACGAGGUGAGUUGGAUUAGGCUGAUAAAGGCUAGCGACUUGGAUGUUACUUCUGUUGCUUUGUUGAGCAACGGGAGGCUGCUGGCAGCCGCGAGUACUAAGGGCACGUUGAUUAGGUUGUUCGACAUAUUGUCCGUAAUGCUGCUUCAGGAUAUGAGAAGGGGUUCUGCAUUUGAAAGAACAGAGAUUCACAGCCUUUCUUUCUGCUCUGAUGCUGAGUGGCUGGCUCUUACAAGCAAUAAAGGAACCGUUGAUGUUUUCAGCUUAAACAUGGACGCAAUAAAGGAAGCAAAACGAAAUAAUAUGUAUUCUGCGGAAGUAUUUCAUUCCCGAGUGGCUGACGGCUCAGUUUCCCGUACCAAAAGAAUACAACACAUUGUGGCGUUUGGCUACCAAAAGAACAUAGUUCUCGUUGUCGGCACGAAUGGCAGAUUCUACAGAUGCAAGUUUGAUCCAAUUGUAGGUGGGGAGAUGACUCAGAUGGAAUGCCACAACUUCCUUCAGCCAGAACUCAUGAGUACACUUUAGAUAGAUUUUGCAGGCAAUUCAUUGGAUUGUGGAUAUAUUAGUUUGAUAGAAAAUUGCAAAUCGUUACAGAUACACACUCUGGCGGUAUAAAAUAAAGUUCUUUGUUUUGUGUAUGUACGAGUUUUCAAUGCAAAAAGUCCUU